AUGGUCCGUUUGAGGGAGAUCUCGCGCACGGCGGCCUUUGCCUGGUCGCCUGGUGCUGCAAAGCCUCUUAUUGUCACCGGAACCCGAGCUGGCGCUGUCGACGCCGACUUCUCGGACGAGACGAAGCUCGAGCUGUGGGACUUGAGCCUGGACAACCAGGAACAAGGACUGGAGCUCCAACCUAUCGCGAGCAUUGCUGCAGACUCGAGAUUCUACGAUAUCGCAUGGGGCCCGGCGACAGAAGACCACCCUCGAGGUAUCAUUGCCGGUGCGCUCGAGAAUGGGGCUCUCGACCUCUGGGAUGCCCAGAAGCUGAUCGACGGAGCCUCCGAUGCUCUCAUUGCUCGAACCACCAAGCACACCGGUGCUAUCAAGUCGCUGCAGUUCAACCCACUGCGACCCCAGAUCCUCGCCACCGCUGGAGCCAAGGGAGAGCUCUUCAUCUACGAUGUAAACGAUCCCUCGAACGCCUUCCGGCUCGGAAACACGGCCGCUCGGUCGGAUGACCUCGAAUGCGUCGCAUGGAAUCGCAAAGUUGCACACAUUCUUGCCACUGGUGGUACUGGUGGUUUUGUCACAGUGUGGGAUCUGAAGACCAAGAAGGCAUCCUUGACCCUCAACAACAACAGAAAGGCUGUUAGCGCUAUCGCGUGGGACCCAAACAACUCUACAAAGCUCUUGACUGCGACGCCCGACGACAAUGCGCCGUUGAUUCUGCUCUGGGACCUUCGCAACUCCAAUGCGCCUGAGAGAACACUGCAAGGUCACGAGCAAGGCAUCCUGUCGCUUUCGUGGUGCGAGCAAGAUGCGGAUAUCCUGCUGUCAUGCGGCAAGGACAACCGUACAUUGAUCUGGAACCCCCAGACUGGUGAGCGUUUCGGAGAGUUCCCCGAGGUUACAAACUGGACCUUCCUCACUCGCUUCAACCCCGAAAACCCCAACCUCUCCGCAACCGCUGGUUUUGAUGGCAAGAUCACCAUUCAGACUCUUCAAAAUACCAACCCUUCUGCUGUCCAGUCCAACACCCAGAGCAACUUGGACGGCGAAGACUUUUUCACGCAGGCUCAGACUCAGCCCCAAGAAGCCACCUUUUCCUUGGUGGAAGCACCCAAGUGGUUUAAGAGACCAGUUGGCGUCUCCUUUGGAUUUGGAGGCAAACUCAUAAUUCUCAAGGCCAAUCCUGCUCAGCCUGGACAAAAGCGCUCCUCCAGAAUAGAGAUUUCGCAAUUUACAGUGGACUCUGACAUUGGUUCAAGCACGGAGAAAUUUGAGGAGUCUAUGAAGUCGGGCGAUCUUGUCGCUAUCUGUGAUUCGCACAAGGAGAACGCCAAGACGGAUGAAGAGAAGGAAGAGUGGCGUGUCAUGGAGACUCUCCUGGCGGAAAACCCUCGAAAGCAGAUCGUCGACUACCUUGGUUUCUCUCAAGUGGAAGAGGAAGCUACGAAUGGUACUACCGAGGAGCCCGAGUCUAAGGAGCCCGAGGCUGUCCCAGAAGCAGAUAAGCUUGCCCCGAAGAAGGGACACAAGAAGAACCGUCUCUCCAUGUUCUUUUCCGAAGGCGCUGAGGGAGAAGGCGAUGACUUUUUGGCCAACCUUUCGGCCACCAAGGGUGCCAAGACUGAUAAUCCCUUCCAUCUAUUCGCAGACAGCGAUUCUGCCGUGGAAAAGUCCAUCACUCGGGCUUUGAUGGUUGGCGAGUUUGAAAAGGCUACUGCCAUCUGCUUGAAGGAAGAAAGAAUGGCUGAUGCCUUCAUGAUUGCUCACUGUGGCGGAAAGGAGUUGGUCGACAAGGUUCAAUCCGCUUACCUUACUCAAAAGGUUGGCAUGCCCAACUACCUCCGUCUGCUCAGCUCUGUCAUUGUGAAGAACCUGUGGGAUGUUGUGUACAAUGCCGACCUGUCCAACUGGAAGGAGACCAUGGUCACUCUGUGCACGUAUGCUAGCCCAGAAGAGUUUUCGGAUCUUUGCGAGGCUCUGGGUGAUCGCAUCUAUGAAUCGGGCUCGAGGCAAGACGCUUCUUUCUGCUACUUGGUUGGUCACAAGCUCGAGAAGGUUGUCAAUAUUUGGAUAUCUGAACUCGACGAAGCUGAGAAGGCCGGUCUUGCAGAGGGUAAUGAUUCGUCUUACUCAAUUCACGCCAGAACUCUACAACAUUUCAUCGAGAAGGUUUCCAUUUUCCGAGAGGUCACCAAGUUCCAAGACACGGAGCUUCAGGAGACUUCGGGGUGGAAACUGAGCUCCUUGUACGACAAGUACGUUGAGUACUCAGAUAUCGUGGCUGGGCACGGACAACUGUCUGUCGCUCAGAAGUACCUCAGUCUGCUGCCUACCACAUAUCCUGCUGCCGACAUUGCCCGCAACCGGUUGAACUUGGCCACUCAGAGGAAGGCACAGCAGCCGGCCGUCACUAUCCCAAAGACAUCGAGACAGGCAACUUCCUUCGGCUACCCCAGUGCACAAGCAACCCAGAGCCCACUGAACCCAUACAGUGCCUCUACCGCUCAGGUUCCUGCGGCGAGCCCAUUCCCACCUCAGCCUUCUAAUGCGUACGCCCCUCCGGCAACCAGUGGUUACCCAACACCACAGGCUUCCAGAGCCUAUGCUCCUCCACAGGUUGCAGCCAACCCGUACGCACCUAGUGGAUUUCAGGCUACUCCAGCUCCUCAGGCAUCUACCUACACGCCACUGGGCUACGCUCCUCCAGUUCAGAACUAUAAUGCACCCCCACCACCCCUAGCUGGACCACCAAGGGCUGGCACUCCCUCCUCGACGCCGCCCAUCAAAAAGGAUGAAGGUCAGUGGAAUGACGUGCCGUUGGUGACAAAGGUUCAACCAGCACGACGAACGCCUGCCCCGGCCCCGAUCACCUCGCCCUUUGGUGCUCAGGGAACUGUACCGGGUCCACCGCACACUCCUCUAGGCCCGCCCCGAGGAACUGCUACUCCACCUCCGCCUCCCCCGAAAGCAGGCCAGAUGGGACCACCCCAAGCGCGUGUCAUGUCGCCACUCGGAGGGCCUCCUCAAGCCGGACAGCUGCCUCCGCCUCCUCGGCCUGACUCUGCCGCCGCCAACGCGUACGCACCUCCUCCUUCCGCUCAGGCCCCAGCUGGCUACGGCGCUCCGCCACCGAUGGGGAACAUUGUAGCACGAAGCGCUUCUCCUUACAACCAGCCUCCUGCUGCGGGCCCUCCAAGCAACCGCUAUGCUCCUGCACCAUCGGCGCAAGUCGGUCAGCCUCCCCAGCAACCCGGUGUAGCACCUCCUCCAGGUAACCGACCACCGCCAUCGAGCGCCUACGCACCGUCGCCUCAAGCGGCGCCUGCUCAGGCCGCGUACCCUGGAACAGCAUAUGGGGGAUUUCCUCCACAGCAGGCACCUCCAUCAGCAGGUCCUCCGCCAAUGGCUGGUCCUCCCAAGGCUGGCCCACCACGAGCUGCGGCUUCUCCCGCACCCACUCCCCCACCUGCAGCCGCGCCGGGAAAGCCUCGACACCCUGCAGGUGAUAGGUCGCACAUUCCUGCAAACGCCCAGCAACUUGUGGAUAUCUUGAAUCGUGAUAUGCAGCGUGUGGCUGGGAAAGCACCCCAGUCCUUCCAGAUGCAAGUCAAGGAUACCCAGAAGCGCCUAAAUCUUCUCUUCGACCACCUUAACAAUGAAGAACUUGUCAAGCCAGACACUAUUGAGCAGCUGACACAACUUGCACAAGCUCUGGAGGGCAAGAACUUCCCCGAGGCUUCGAGACUGCAAGUCGAGAUCCAGACAGCCAAGACCGAUGAAUGCGGUAACUGGAUGGUCGGUGUUAAGCGCUUGAUCUCGAUGAGCAAGGCAACCUCAUAA